GCAAAUUGACGACAUCACAUGAUGAUCUCAUGCUGCAGAUUUCUUUAUACUAGACCGUCCGCACAUUUACUUAACAUUGUUCGCAUUAUCGACUAACGAUUAGUGAGACAUAAAACUACCUGAGAGAGACCUCGAUACUGUCUACAUCAGACAUCUAGAGACUUCAAAAAAAGCGUAUAGCUAAUUCUACAUUGUCUUUGUUACCCGCAUCAAUGGCCCAAAGAUACAACCCAAUCCACAGACAGGAGUCUUCAAUGACUCCUGAAAAUAACACCACCCCCCGAUUCUUCGCCUUCACUGGGGACGAAACUGACAUCGACAUGUCCGUUGAGCAAGUGCGCGAUCUGUGGCGCCAACUAAAUUCAUUGCGCGAGCAGAACGACGGGCUUGUCGCCGAAAAGAACAAGCUCCACAACGACUACAGCUCCGUCAAGCGCGAGAAUGAAAGACUGAAGGAGCUGCUGCAGAAGCAGAGAAACACCACAGCCAACGAGCUGAUGGUCAAGACACCUUCACGGAGUCACAACACCAUGCUGGACAAGCUCCAGAUGGAGGUCACCGACCUGAAGAAGGAGCUCAGCCAGAGAGACUCACAAAUCCUUCAGAAGGAGAAGGACAGUUUGUCUGAGAGGACAGAGCUGCUGGCUGAGAAAGAAAAGUUAGAGGAAGAGAAGAAGGAUCUGGAGGAGCAGAAGAAAAAAGUGAGGAAGGAAAGGAGAGAGCUUUUUUUCAAGGGAGCAGACAGGCAGGCUCAAGAACUUGAAGAAAAGAAUAAAGAAAUAGAGGUGAAAAAUAAAGAGCUGGAGGAGACUAAGAAAGAAAUGUUGAAAAACAGACGUGAGAUGUGGGAGAAGACCGCCGAGAUGGAGCAAAGGAUGAAAGAAUUGGACAACAAGAACAAAUACCUGGAGGAGGCUAAGAGAGAAAUGGGGCGGAAAAUGAAAGCUCUGAAAAACCAGAGUGAAGACGUGGAGCGAGAAAACUUAGAGCUGAAGGAAAAGGUUAAACAUCUGGAAGAGACCGCGAAACAAAUGGAAAACAGAAGCGAAAAACUGACAGAGAAGAACGAAGAGUUGGAGCGGGAGAAGAACGACCUGGAGACCAACAAUAAAGCAAUGGUGGAGAGAAGUGAAGAACUAAACAGUAAGUUGAAAGACUUAACUGAAGGGAAGAAAGAGCUGGAGGAGAAAAUUAAAGACCUGGAGGAGAGUAGGAACAACAUGCAGGAAACAGGUAAGACACCGAAAGAGGGAAACAGUGAUUUGGAACAGGAGAAAAAGGAUCUGGAGGAGAAUAUGAAAGAGAAAAAUGAACAACUGAAGGAGAGGAUCGGAGAAGAGGAAGAGGAAAAGGAAGAAACGGAGAAGAGGAACAAAGAUCUUGAAGUAAAGGAAGACACAGAGAAGAAAGACACUGAGCCCCCAAAGUCAAAAAAGAAAGAAAAGAAGGGUUUCUGGAGUUGGCUGCGAAGAAAGAGCAGAGGCAGCAAGGUGAGAGUGGAAGAGGAGGCUCCUAGUUGUUCAGCAGGUCCUUCCCACCACUCCACCUCCACCUCCACCCUCCCUCUGUCCUCCAUGUAA